AUGCCUGAUCCACGAGUCUUCAUAAUCCGCCACGGCGAAACAGAAUGGUCGCUCAACGGACGUCACACAGGAGUCUCCGACAUUCCACUUACGGAAAACGGCGAGAAGCGUGUAAAAGCCACGGGCAAAGCGCUUGUAGGCGACGAUCGAUUAAUUGUACCAAGUAACCUAGCACACAUGUACGUUCCUUGCUCCUGUAUGGGUUCUCCCUUAGACAAGAAUCACAACAGCCCAACGACCCGAAAACUGAUUUUUAAAACAACAAACAGCUACGUCUCGCCCCGCACCCGCUCCCAACGCACCCUCGAACUCCUCAACCUAGGCUGCAAAGAACGCUACCCCUGGCACGACGCCUCCAAACCCCACACCCCGGACAUCCGUACGUACGCCACGAUCGAAGUUACAGAAGCAGUCCGAGAAUGGGACUACGGCGCCUACGAAGGCCGCGUGACCUCUGAAAUCAAGCAAGACCGCGAGAGGCGCGGGUUGGGCUCAGACUGGGAUAUCUGGAAAGAUGGCUGCGAGGAUGGUGAGAGUCCCGAAGAUGUUACAGAACGAUUGGAUAAGUUGAUACGGGAGCUGAGGGAGAAGUAUCACAAGGGCAGGUUUGGCAAAGAUGGGAAACCGAAUGAUGUGUUGAUUGUCGCGCAUGGGCAUAUUCUGAGGGCUUUUGCCGCGAGGUGGGUGGGGAAGAAGUUGGAGGAGAAUCCCAGUUUGAUUCUGGAAGCGGGUGGUGUGGGGACGUUAAGUUACGAGCAUCAUAGUUUGGAGGAGCCGGCAAUAUUGCUGGGUGGUGCGUUUGUGGUUGACGUCGUGGAGAAGGAACAGGAGGAGCAGAAGAAGAAGAAGAAGAGCUAG